GCCUCAUUGGCAGUCCGGUCUCUACAUGGCUUCCCCACCACGAACUACACCUGUAUGCCGCGCCACUGCUAAACUCUGCUGAAAAUACUCAGGGUGCUCUGCGUGUUUCCUGUGGAUAUAUACCCCCGCUCUGUCUAAUGUUUGACCGUCAAUGCAUUGUUCUCUCAUUCCCACUUCCGAAUGACUAAGCUCUGACCCUGUUACCUGUAUAUGUUGUGUCCCAGCUGCUAACCUCUCAGCACCUGAGAUCAGAGACUGAUUCAUCAUUUUGAUCUCAGCGCACUCUCACACUCAAAAAAAAAAAAAAAAAUGCACUGAUUAUUAUAUCAGACUAAUAGGAGCAAAUAGGGAUCCCAUCAAUAGGUGUUUAUUUAUAGGAAAUUUGGGGGCGAAACAGUAGAGAAUUUUAUGCUGGAAAAGAAAUAACCCUUGGUCAAAGAAUGGAUCCUCAGUUCUGACCUAAAAUUCUUGAGGAUCUAAGUGUGUUCUCAUGCAGUUGAGAAAGCAGGCCCAGGCCCAGGGAAUCCCAAAGGAGCAUCUGUGCCAAGGUAUAAAACCACCUGUGGCUCCAGUGGUUCCCCAGUCACACCUGUUCGCCAUUCACUUCCUCCCGGGUGACUCCUGUGUUAGUUGCUUUUCAUGCUGUGACUAAAUACUCAGGAGAAGCAUUUUGUUUCGGCUCACACUCGGAGAGUGCAGACCAGCAUGGUGGGGAAAGUAUGGCUCUACACUGGGGCAGCAGUUGCAGGAGGCAGCCGGUCACACCCCCAGAGAUGUGUCUCCUUGGCAAUUCUGAAGCCGGCGAAGCUAACAAUGAAGAUUAACCCUAACGCUGCUUGUCUAGUCUCGAAAGCGAAGCCUACUGAGUUCAGAGACAGAUGACGCACAGAUGGCCGCAGGAGGGCUACGGACCCAUUCAAACCAGUCUUUUUCUUUCUGCUUCAGAGAGAAGCUGGACUUGCUCCCAUUCUACAGCCUAGGAAUCUGAGGCUGCCUCCUUAAGGAAGAACCAGACGAUCCCUUGGGACGGCUGCUCAGUUAAGUCCUUGGCCCUCGGGGAGGCUGCGAGCCCCGUCGGACUUCCCACUUCCCGGAAAGGCUGGAGUGAAGAGUGUGUGUCCUGGGACGGGGGAGUCCCUUUCCCCGCCCCUCCCCGCCCCGUGGCUACGGCGUGGCUGAGCCCGGGGCGGAGCUGGCGUCUCCUCGCGGACGGGCGGCGGGACGGCGGCCGCAGCCCGGGGCAGGCAGGCGGACAGGCACAGCGACCGGCCCGGCGGGAUCACCCGCAGGACGACAACCCAGCGCGCUGCGGUGUGGCGGCGCCGACAGAGACCCGGAGCUGUCCACCCAGGCGGAGCGCCAGGGCAUCUUCAGGUCCCUGGGCGAAGACAUCCAGCUCUACUAAGCUUGGCCAUGGCACUGUGCCUGAAGCAGGUGUUUGCUAAAGACAAGACUUUCCGGCCCCGGAAGCGCUUUGAACCUGGCACACAGCGCUUUGAGCUUUAUAAGAAGGCACAAGCCUCACUCAAAUCCGGCCUGGAUCUUCGAAGUGUGGUGAGGCUGCCACCUGGUGAGAGCAUCGAUGACUGGAUCGCUGUGCAUGUGGUGGACUUCUUCAACCGCAUCAACCUCAUCUAUGGCACCAUGGCUGAGCACUGCAGUGAGACCAGCUGCCCAGUCAUGGCUGGUGGGCCUCGCUAUGAGUACCGCUGGCAGGAUGAGCGCCAGUACCGAAGGCCCGCCAAGCUCUCGGCACCCCGCUAUAUGGCAUUGCUCAUGGACUGGAUCGAGGGUCUCAUCAAUGAUGAGGAUGUCUUUCCUACACGUGUUGGAGUUCCCUUCCCCAAGAACUUCCAGCAGGUCUGCACCAAGAUCCUGACCCGACUGUUCCGCGUCUUUGUCCAUGUCUACAUCCACCACUUUGAUAGCAUCCUCAGCAUGGGGGCAGAGGCACAUGUCAACACCUGCUAUAAACACUUUUACUACUUCAUCCAAGAGUUCAGCCUGGUGGACCAGAGGGAACUAGAACCACUGAGGGAGAUGACAGAACGGAUCUGUCACUGAGUCCAGAUCUGGAUGUUGUUGCCGAUCAACUGGACCAUCGAACACAGUGUAGCUGGGAGAGGGGACCCUUAGGAGCCUGUUGGGAGAGCAAUCUGAAGGCCUAUAGGACCCCUCUAGAGACCAGACAGCUCUGGACUUCUCCGAAGUCUGCCUGUGUGUCCCCGAUUGCAUGGAGAAGGGAGGACUUCAAGUGGGCAACAGAGGGAAAGGAGGAAGUCAGCCCCUCACGUUAAGUCCAAGACUAGGGCAGGCUACCAAGUUUCUGCUCUGAUACUUCACCCCUUCAUCCUCCCAUGGUGGGUCUCAAAUCCAUUUUGGGAAUAUGGAUGUGGCUGAAGUGAUGGCAAGAAAAUUAUGAGAGUGAGUGGCUAUAUCUGAGCAAGCAGGUAGGUGUGGGGGUGGUGAGUGUGGGUGUUUUGAUUGUGGGAUUUGUCUGAGAGAUCCAGGUCCUUCCUGGCACAUAGUAGGCCCUCCUGUUGGUUGGUUGGAUGGAUGGAUGGAUGGAUGGAUGGAUGGAUGGAUGGAUGGAUGGAUGGAUGGAUGGAUGAAUAGGUGAAUGGAUGGAUGGAUGGAUGGAUGGAUGGAUGGAUGGACAGGCUGACCAUAAGUCCAUGACCCCUAUAGGAGUAAUGCCAGCAUAGUGACCCAAUUCAACUCUGACCACAUGUACAAGUGUACAAAAUGUGCAUGUAGAUGGACUUGUACCUCUGAAUCUUCUAGACCACCAUUUUCUAUCAACAUGAGUCCCAGGCAGUUGAGGGGAGGUUAGAAAGUGCAGCUUUGCCCUGAGUUCCUUAAACCCCUGGCCUACCACCAUGUAGGCUGAUUUGCUCAGCCAUGGAUGUCCACAAAUAUUUCACUCAUCUGCUUCCUGGAGGGCCUGGUAACAGUAAGCCUCUAAGCUAGGCGGUGGUGGCACACACCUUUAAUUCCAGUACUCAUGAGGCAGAGGCAGGAGGAUCUCUGAGUUCGAGGCCAGCCUAGUCUACAGAGUGAGUUCCAGGGCUACACAGAAAAACCCUGUCUCAAAAAAACAAACAAACAAAAAACCCAGUAAGCCUCUUGAGGGUUGAGAUUGAUCCCUCAUGUCCACAAAGAUCCCCUGGAUCUUGAACUGGAACUCAAGAUACUUCAGUCUCAUACCCAGAAUCUACUGACCUGAGUGAAGGCCAGCACAAAAUAGGCCUCUAGACCAGAGAGCCACUGGAACUUGAACUGGGAAAUCUGGAGUCUUUUCUUCUAUCUCAGGACACUGAGGAUCAUGUAGCUAGUGGAGACGUUCCCAUCCUAAAAAUACCUGCCUCCACCCAACCAUCCUGAGACAUCCCAGCUACUUGGAUCUCCAAGCACAGCUACUCAAAGAGGCUGGGAUGCUCUUUCAGUAGCUGUUACUCAGCACCACCAUGCUGAGCCCUGUGCACAAACUCACAGGUAGGGAAACCAUGGCAGAAACAGGCUUCUGCCUUUCCAGAGCCUUUAUCCUGAGAGGCCAGGUUGGAGAACAAGAAAUCACAUAAGAAUCCUGUCUGUCUCUCAGUGUGCAAAGGAGGAAACUGAAACCCGGAGGCUUUUAUAAAGCUGGUAUAAAAGCCAAGGCUCUUGACUUCUACUCUAGGGCCUGCUGAUUGUGACACUGAGAUGCUCUCCAGGAUACAACUGUUCUUGUUUUGAGCAAGGAUUUCUAGCCUGAUGCCAGAGAGCCCCACUACGCCUGGGUUGGCUCGAGUUGACUGCUGAGACAAACCUCCAAAACCAGGUCCGUCCUCAUGGCCUAAGAACUGCCUGCCCUCCAGAGAAACAGCUGGGGCUCUCCAGACCAGCAGGACCUGGAACUUCUAUCUCUGCUGGCUCCAGAAAAGUCCCCAAAGGAAGCAUGCUAUCCUGCAGCUUUGGCAGUGGUUCAGAACUGGGGAAAGUGGGAAAUUUCCCCCACGCUGGGCUGCAGAAUAUACUUUGAAAUCUAGGCUGUGAAAAGGGAUGAUGGGGGGAGGGAAAUAUAUUUUUGUGAAAAAGGGAAGAUUUUGCUAUUUUUGGUAAAAUAAAGACACAAAGCAAC